UGGCGACUCGUAGCGGCCAUUUUCUCGGUCGUCCGCGACCCUAGUCAGAAGCUCGAUAAUACAGGCACUAAUUAUUAAAUUAUCAGGGUUCAAAAUGCUUAUCGCGUUUUUCGAUAGUGUCGAUUGAUCGUGUGUUAUCACUUUUGAUGACACAAUUUUCAUGUUGGCAUUAGUCGACACGCGAAGUACGAAACGCUCAUCGAGUAUUAUAACGUGUUUUGGCGGUAUCAAGUAAUUUGCUGCUAAACAAGACAUUUUGACAAUGGUCGAAGAUAAAAGGAAUAACGAAGAGUUAACAGAUGCGGAGGCCGAAUUGUAUGACAGGCAGAUUCGUCUGUGGGGUUUAGAAUCUCAAAAGCGAUUACGUGCAGCAAAAAUUCUUCUGAUUGGUCUGGACGGUUUUGGAGCGGAGAUUGCUAAAAAUAUAAUCUUAGCCGGAGUCAAUGCUAUUACAUUCUUAGACCAUAGAAACGUCACAGAUUUAGAUAGAUGUUCACAAUUUUUUGUACCUAAAGAAGAUAUUGGAAAGAGUAAAGCUGAAGCGUCUUUAGCAAGAGCACAAAAUUUGAAUCCUAUGGUCAAUGUCAAUGCCGAUACAGACAAAGUUGAUGACAAGUCUGAUGAAUAUUUUGGUCAAUUUGAUGUAGUGUGUGCUACACACUGCACCAUAACACAGCUGAAGAGGAUCAAUCGAAUCUGCAGGGAACAUAAAGUCAAAUUCUUUGCUGGCGAUAUAUGGGGGUCAUUUGGAUACACAUUUGCCGACCUACUGGAUCAUGAAUAUGCAGAAGAUGUUGUGCAAACGAGAAAAGUGCAAAUACCAGAAAGCGGUGAGCCCAUGGCACAAGAGAAGUUUGAAAGCAUAACAGUUACUGAAAAACAUACUGAUACUUUUGUACCCUUUGAACUUAUUCUAUAUGUACCAAAGUCAUCUUUACCCAAAGAGUCGGAGAUUUAUUAUAUGAUGCUAAUAAUGCUGAGUUAUCGCGAGAAAUAUGGCGACGAUCCACAGCCUAACGAGAGAGGUUCUGAUAAUCUAAAAAAUGUGGCUUCUCUAAUUAUUGAAAAGUGUGAACUUGGCGAUGCGGUAAACCAUUUAAUAGAGGGUGACUUGUAUGGACAGAUCAGUCCAGUCUGUGCUAUUGUCGGUGGUGUUACGGCCCAGGAAAUCAUCAAGGCGGUGUCGCAGAAAGGUGCGCCACACAAUAAUCUGUUUGUAUUUAACCCAGACACAUUAUGUGGCAAGAUACUGAAAUUGGGCCAUUAACAUCGAGUUAGAAGUGUGAGUUCCAGAAUGGAGUGACGUUUUAAGCACUGUGGACUACAUGGUGAACAUUAUUUUAUUACCUCUAUUCAUCUUUUUAUACGUGAUAUAUGGCAAAUAAAAUGAAAAGAAAAACAAAACUGUAGCCAUCGUACAAUCAUAUUUGGAAAUAAAAUCUCUCAUAUACGUACGUGCGUA